CGUUCAAGACGUCCAAAAGUAGUCAUCUUGACCCAGCAAGAGAUGCGAUUUGUGUUCCAACACUUACAUGUAAACGUCAGCAUUGAAAGUUACCCUGGACAAAACAAGAGACGCUGCAAAUCUGACGCGAGCCUGCAUCGCCCAGAGAUGCGCGGGGGUGCUCUUUAUCCUGACGUAGCGCCGCUGUUGCGCUCAAUCUACUGCCCAGAGAAAUCAACACAAACGUGGCGACUGUUCACACUGAUCUGACAUCGUGAUCUCAGUGGGAACCGAGGAGAUGCCAUUGGUCUUCAACAGCUCCAACAACAGGUCACUGACCCACAACCAUUUCCUUCUUCAAGAUUUCCUCCUGUCUGAAAGAUGUUUUCCUUCCGUCAAGAUAUCCUGUUUAACGUUUUAUUCAAUGUUCCUUACUCUCCAAAACCACGGAUUGGCAUUGGACGUGUGAACUAAAAUUUAAAACCACCUUCUGUAACUACACAACCACUCAUCGUCCUCACCAAUGCUAGAAGAAGAUGGAAAGCCCACCUAAGCUAGCAGGGGAGACCCUUAUUGUCCACCACAUUCCGCUGGUUCACUGCCAUGUAUUGGGUUCGCGACAGUGCUGUGGUAGUCCAUUGAAAAGGAGCGGGAAUCCCUUCAGCUGUCCGGAGAACCUGGGACUGAGCCGAACUACCUCUCUGCCUGAGAGAGACAUUCUACAGAGGGAGGCACUGGUGUACAGUAGCCUCAUUCAGACAUCCAGCAGCAGCCUUAGCUCAAGCGACACUUAUGGGGAUGGAGGGAUGAGAGGUGGAGAGAAACAAGGAAGAGGUAGAAGAGAAGGAAGCAUGGCAAGCAACACUUCCUCUUUUACGUCAAGUACUUCUGAAGAUCAGACUCAAGCCUUGCCAAUGAAAACACGUGAACGGCCAAACUCGCGGCGGAACCCCUUUCUGCUUAAUACAGAAGAUGAAGAUGAAGAGGAUGAAGACAAUCUGAAUGGAUAUUUGGAAGACUCUUCUUUUCACUUGCAUGGAAAUUCGCAUGAAAUCUCAAAUGCAGUGCAUGCAAAUGAAGACUUGCCGCCUUUCCACCUACAUGACCUUGGCUUUAACGCUGAGCCUUUCCUAUUGCAUGACUCUACUGAGCAAAAGUGGUGUUCUGCAAAUGACCCAAGUGGGGCAGUAGAGGGCAGUGACAAUACAAUAGGUGGGAAUUUUGCUUUGUCUACUCACUUGGAAGGCCUGAACCUGCUGAGAUUGGACAGCCAGCAACGUCAUGGAAGCAGUGGUUCCACCCUCUCAAUGGACUGUGGUGAGCAAGACUGGGGUGAGGAUGAUGAUGAAGAAGACCAGUCCAUGCUGGGCGGCAGAGGCAGCUCCGAGUGUUCCAGUCUGGCAGUGCCUCACUGCUCCUGUUGCGGCCUAUCCCAGCCAUACCCUGAACCUUUCCCAGACUUAUUUUCAGAGUGUCACCAGGGCUAUGCCAGUGAUUCUUCCUGUAACAGCUCAGAUGGAGUGCUGGUUAACUUCAGCACAAUUUACAACAAGAUGAACAAUGUUGUCCCAGCCAAGCUAUCACUCAAUAUCAACAGUUCCGCCGACCAAUCCUGUGCCUCGUCUGUGUCUGAGCUUGUUGGGACGAUCGGGACAGAAUGUAGCAGUGGACGUGGAGCUUUCUACCUGGACUUACACACCUCCCCAACAGAACCCCUACAGCAUACUUCAGCCACUAUGGAACGUGUAAACUCUUCCUCUUCCUCUGUAUGUCCAUCUCGGCCACAAGAUGCCACAAUGGAACUAGAUGCCAACUGUAACUCAUACCACAACCACCUUGGAAGCGAGGCCCUGUCCUCUGCUGAAACCUAUGCCAAUGACCUCACCUCAUGUCUUCAAAGCCAGGCUCGCUUGGUUGUAGCAACGCAGAAUUUCUACAAGCUUGUGACAUGUGAUAUUUCGUCCCAGUCCUCUCCCAGUCCGGCGGGGUCAUCAGUCACAAGCUGCUCAGAUGAGCACAGCAAAGGAAGUCCCACUCAGCCAACAGAGUACUUUCUAUUCCAACAAAUGAAAGAGGAUGAAGAGGACACAGAGCUGCAGAAUAAAGCGAAAAUAGGGGAUGAUCCAAAUUUGACUGAAUCUAUCCAUGAUAAUGUAAUUGAGGGGCAGGUGUAUAUCAACAUCUCCCCACCUAUUACAGCCUGCAAUUCAGUUGGUGCUUCGGUAAGUGGUUGCCCUCGUUCCCGCAGCUAUGACCGGAACUUGGACAAGUCACCAUCUCCUCGUCUCAGAUCGCUGGAGCGCAUGCUUAGCUGCCCAGUCCGCCUUUGUGAGAGUGCAGCCCCAAGCCUGCCCCCUCCACCACGGGUCACUUCUUUUGCAGAAAUGGCAAGGAGUAAGAGAAGAACAGGAGGGUCACCACUGCAGAAGGGUGGCAUGGAGGCCACGUCUACACACUCCCAUUCUUCUGGAGAGUUCUCACCCAUCCUGGAAGACCUUCCGCAGGGUCAGAGCCACAGUAUACCGCCACUCACUCGAUGCCACAGCCAGGGGAGCUCUGAUAUAUCUUCUCCACAAAAACCAUGGAGUACGCUACCACGAGAGUCACCGGGGAGAGCAGGCAAACAGACUCGAACCAAAGCAGAAGGUGGCCUGUCUAGCUCCACAGACUCCUCGCCAGUUGUAGUUCGUUAUAGCAAAGAUCAGCGUCCGACCUCAUUACCCAUACAGCCCUUCACUUUCCAGCACCAGUUUGGAAAACCCCAGGCAAAGCCGCUCCUUCCACUUCUGGACGGAUACAUCAGCCAUAUGCAGGCUCGAGGAGUUGCAGCACCUGAGGGUGGUGAAGACAACUCGGAAGAAGACCACAGGCAACCUCACGCUGCUUCUAAUGCCCCAACAACUGUGCGGCCAUCUCCACUGGGCAGCUACUCGCCAGUUCGCCUCCAAGCUGCACCCACCUCUUCUGGAACCUGCUCGACAUGCACUCCAACACCGAGUGGUCCAAAACCACCACGUUCCCUCUCUUGCCCCAUCUCUGCUGGUCUUCUUCCCCAGCACACCCCACCUGGAGAGGCCAUACAAAUGGAGACUCCUAAACUUGCUCCCUUACCUCCUACGCCACCUCCACCACCACUGAUGAAGCAAGGCCCACUGAUGCCUGCUUUGCCUACAAGAAUUCACUUUUUACACCGUGGGAAUUUGACAGAUUUGCCGACGCUUCCCAGCUCUGGUCUUAGUCCUCUCGGAAAGUUGGAGCCAGCUCCACAGGAAGAGCCAGUUAAAGUUUUACCGGCGUGUGUGUCACAGCGACAGCCCAAUGUGCACCACCUAUCCCCUCAGGCACUGAAAUGGAGAGAGUACAGGCGAAAGAACCCUCUUGGAGUGGAGUGUGGUAAAGACGGUCCCCCUCAUUCUCUCUCUUGUGCUCUGGAAACAAAGAGACCUGGAACUCGUGUCAUGCGACGCAAUGUGUUUGAUUUCCCUCCGACCAAUCCACCGCUCAGCUUCAGCAGAUUGAAUGGUCAGUCCUUGAGGCAAUUGCCGGAGUGCUACAGUGAUUUCCUGCCUGAUUAUUUUUCUCAGACUGAGCGCCCCCCAGAAGAAUUCUGCUUAUCUCCAGAUGCUAAUACUGAUGAAUCCAUCUCUAUAGACCUACUGCAGAAGAGAGGUUUGGUGAAGGCCAUCAAUAUAGCAGUCGAUCUGAUAGUUGCUCAUUUUGGAACUAGCCGGGAUGCUGGAGUUAAGGCCAAAUUAGGGAAUAGCUCUGUUAGUCCUAACGUGGGUCACCUGAUUGUAAAGUAUCUGUGUCCUGCCAUUCGUGAGAUACUGCACGAUGGACUGAAAGCCUAUGUACUGGACCUGAUCAUUGGGCAACGCAAAAAUCAGCCCUGGAGCGUGGUGGAGGCGUCCACACAACUCGGUCCCUCAACACGGGUUUUGCACAGUCUCUUCUCUAAAGUCAGUCAGUAUUCCGAGCUGACCAAUCAUAGUAUGCGACUCAAUGCUUUCAUCUUCGGCCUGCUAAAUUUGCGAUCUCUGGAAUUCUGGUUUAAUCACAUUUAUACACAUGAAGACAUCAUUGCAGCACAUUAUCAGCCAUGGGGUUUCCUAUCCCUAUCUCAAGGGGCAUGCAAGCCACUGUUUGAAGAGCUUCUACUCCUUCUACAGCCGCUGUCACUGUUACCCUUUGACCUUGACCUGCUAUUUGAGCCACACCAGCUACAAAAAGGAGAAGAGCACCUGAGACGCAAGGAACAGCUGUGCUCUGCCCGCCAAGGCCUUGACCAAUCAGAUCGCUCUACUUUCCAGCUCAUGAGAGGCUUUGGAACAUUGGAGCCUUCACAGAAAGUAGGGAUGGUGCCUUCGAGAGAAAGUUUUAUAUUGAGAGAAGAGGAUGCUCGGCUUAGAAUGGAGGGAGCAUUAAAAGUGAAAAGAGAUGGGCGAAAGAGUGUCGACUGUGAUUCACUCGAUAAAGUGGCAGGAGUUGGCAAAGAGUUACAAAAGAGUGAUGCAAGACAGAUAGAUGGAGUUGGAUGGAGUGCUGGCCAGAUGAAGGGAGUUGGAGGAGAAGUCAGUGAGAAGGAGAAAAGGAGAGAAAGUGAAGGAGACAUGACCAAACAGAGAAACAGACAAGCCGGGUGGUGGUACCAACUCAUGCAGAGCUCACAGGUUUACAUCGACAACUCUGCUGAAGGGUCAAAAUUUGUGAAGUGGGAGAAGAGGAGGAAGGGAGGCAUUGAAAGUCACAGGCAAAUCCAUCCACCUCUUAGAGAAGGUGUAGUUGAGGGGGCCGAGGCCAUUCAGCAGAUGGAUGAACAGGUGGAACAAGGUUGGACCAGCAAUAGCAAUAGGAAUACCACAGGCAAUGGGGUCCUCAACCAAUCAGCUUUGUCAGAGCCCGCAAAAGCUACAAAGGGAAAGCCAUCUUGGAUGGGAAGUCCACCAGAAUCAGUGCUCACGGAGCUAAAGAAGAGUAAGGAGAAGCAGCCAGACUGCCAGGAUGCCUUUGAAGGGGUUCAGGCCCAGACGGAAGCAGGGGAGGAUGGGUCAGCACAAGUUUUGCGCUGGGGUCGGCUGUUUGGAGCUGGAAAUGCAAGCAAGAUGGAGAAAAGUGAGCAGAAAUCGGUUAGGAAACAAAGGUUGCCAUCCGGUUGGUUGAGUCUCGACCUUUCCGUGUUGGAUCUGGUGGCUCAAUCUGUUGGUGUCGGGAAAAGAGCAGAGCAACAAUCUCAAAGCCAAGAAUGUCAACUUGGUACAACUCAACAAGCACAAACACAGAAUCCCCCCACACAGAGACAAGCUCCACGUGAUGUGAGGGCAUUGUGCUAUCAUAUUGCCACAGAGCCGGGCCAGCUCAGUUUCCAAAAAGGGGAUGUGCUACAGGUGCUCAGCAGGGCAGACUCUGAUUGGCUACUUUGUGCUCUGGGGGACAGCCAGGGCCUUGUCCCCAUUAUAUAUGUCACCCUAAUUGAGGACAGUAAGGAGCCCCAGAGCUGAAGAUCUGAAGCAUGGGCUCUGAUGAAGAGGAGUGUGAAAUGAGGUUGGGGACAGAUAGGGGGACACUAUGAAACCUGCUGCACAAGAGAUGAGUCUGACAGAUUCAUUUUGUGCUUGCAUGUGUAUGUAAACACCAAUACACACAAAUAUCACAAAUAUAUGCUGUUGUCAAAUCACCCUAUUUGUUUUAGUGAACAGAAAUGAGCCAACCAGUGAUUAGAAAGUUUAGAUCUAGUUACUGAGUAGUGAUAUUGUUUGCGAUGAGCCGUCAGGUUUUGCAACUUAGCUUUUAAACAAACAUGUCAAUAGCCUUUUAAGAAGACCUACAAACCAAAUGAAGUUAUUAGAUGACACUGCUGGCACACAUGCCUGGACUUUAUAAAUACUGUAUGAUUUUAUGUAAUCUAGAUGUUAACCGAUUUCUGCAUUGUAACCUUAAGUGUAUGUGCAAAUGCCUUUUGGUGGUUGUACAUAACCCUGAGGUCAUUCAUAAACAUCUUGGACGGUUUGUGCAAAAAAGUGUUUCAAAUUUAGCUAAAUAGUACAUUACUGAAUGAGGGAAAUCUUGGUGGCAGUCAACAAACUGCUCUCCUGAUAUACUUAUGGGAAUUAAAUUGCUUUAACGGGUUGAAAAAUAUUAAAUAUUUUCCUAGACUUAGGACCAGGGCAGUUAGCCUGUCCAGAGGGAUUGUCUCCAUGUCAACAGUCUUUUCCGAUAUGAGGUGCUUUGACAGAUAAUGGACAAACUAGAAUCAUCUCCACAGUCUCCACCCUUUUGUUUCAUGUUGUGCUCACCAUGAAGGGACAAUUUACAGCAAGAUUGUCUGCAUCUGGACAACAUUGUACUAUAUCUCUUCCUAUAAAAACUUUUGCACAGUCUGCUAGAGAUGACGAAAGGGAAGAUGUGUGUACUGUUUGCCUACUUUAGAUUUUUGUUUUGGUUUAAGCAGACAUGGAGUCCUUUGUGGCCUAUAUUGGUUAAGAUAGAUCCUCCUGUACAUAAAUGGAUGGAUGUAUAGAUACUGUAGAAUGGGAUGUAUAGAUUUUUGUGUAAGCAGGCAAAAUAUGGUAAAAAUGACAAGAGUUUAAAAGGGUUUGAUGUUACUUAUACUGCAAAGAAACACAUCUGAAUGAGAUUAUUUAUUCCAUUCAAAGUCUGCUCUAGCUACCAGUUUAGAUCACUUAAAUGUUUGAAAAGUUGAAAGACAUUCUUCUGCUUUUGCGUUAGAGGACAAAGAGAGACAUUUAGACAGGGACGCCAUACCAGUGAAAUACUACAUAUGAUAUUGCAGUGGUACACUAUUGUGCAUUUAUGAAGUUAUGGCCAGUGGCCAUUUGAUGUGCUAAAUUUCAAGGUGAGGCCUUAGGACAGGAAUGUGUAUUAUGAGUUUUAUUUGAGCAUUAAAUGGUUAUUAAAUGGUUAAUUGUAUUUUAAAUGAUCUUGGGCCCUCACUAUGGCACUUGAUAUGCUUUUAUUUAACAAAGUAAUAUAUAAAAAUCACACUUUGAUUUGAUUUUAUCAAAUUGCAUUAUUAAGACAUCUCUAGAUGACAAUGUUAAGGUAUGUUUUUGUUAAAACAGUUUUAUUUUAUUUAUUUUUUUCUAUUUAUAUUAUACAUUAAUUGUUAUUUUGUGUAUUUGUAAUUGUAAAUAUGUUGCAUUCUCAUGUUCUUGAAAGGAAAACAAGUUAAUUAUUUGUUAUUAACAGCUUAUAACACAUUGAUAUUGUUAACAGUUAAUAACAAAAGCUAUUCAAAUACUAUGUACAUUAUGUUGUUAUGGGAUGUUAUGAGUAGCAGAAAACGCUCACACACAAAAAGCUGCGCAAUCUAGAUUAUAGUGCUGCUGCUUUAGGUCAUUCUUUGUCACACAAAGAUUUGUCUGUUGGUCUUCCAAAUACAGUAUGCUUUGCUUUUCACUUGAACCCACCCUGCUAAUGUCAGAGAAAGAGAGAGAGAGGGAGUGAAAUAGCUGUCCAGUGCCUUUUUGAAUCAGUGUGUCUGCUAUAGAGGGAAUCACGAGAGCUUAUAAUAACUGUGUCUCCUCAAAAGUGCUUGGUGCCAUUCAAGUUAUUUUCUGUUAUGUAUUAAAAUUGGUCUGAACAAAGACAGGAGUUAAAGGAAACUGGCAACAUUUUUGGCCAUAAUUCACAAUCAUCUUUCUAUGCAGAUUGUUAGAGGAUGAACACGCUGAAAGUGCAAGUCUUGAUCGGGUGGUUAAUGUAUGUUUGAGCAAAGAUCUCUCUCUCGCUCUCCCUCUCUACAUGCUUCAUUGAGAGGUCAUUCUGAUUUUUCUUGCCUGUAUAUAUAUGAUACCUGUAGCCCACCUGUCUCUCCUGCCCCUUCUGUAUGACCAUGUUGUGCUCCUGUAACAUUACCACCAUGUGUGGAUAUCAAUAACAAAGUGCUCAUGUGGACACUGAUCUAAUGCCUCUUGUCUUUUUUCUCAUCUCUGUUUUUAAUAAGUGUUAUCUAAAUGAGAAACCUUUUACUGAUUAUAGUGUUUACUGAUUUUACCUAAUGAUAACUUUUUUCAAGAUCUAGUAAUAUUAUUGUCGUUUAACCUGCAAUAAAAUUACACUGACAUUUCAUAAA